UUCUUCGGAUUCCUACAAGAGCUGGAGAAGCACUUGAGAAGACAAUUAUCAGUAAUUAUUAUUUCUGCAGUAAAGUUCACUUGACCUUAUCUAUGGCUGCAUCCAAGCCUUUGGGUAGAAUGGUCUCACAUGUUAUUCUAGAUUUGGAUGGUACACUUCUAAAUACAGAUGGCAUCGUCAAUGAAAUAAUGAAAGUUGUGCUAGUAAAGUAUGGAAAGAAAUGGGAUAAGAGAAGAGCUCAGAGAAUAGUAGGGAAGACACCCAUGGAAGCUGUGACUGCUAUUGUGGAAGAUUAUGAGCUCCCUUGUAAGAUAGAGGAGUUUGUUUCUACAAUUACACCUAUGUUUGAUGACCAAUGGUGCAAUAUUAAACCUCUCCCAGGUGCAAAUCGAUUAAUUAAUCAUCUGAGGAGUAAUGGUGUGCCAAUGGCUUUGGCUUCAAACUCUCCUAAAUCAAAUAUUGAAGCAAAAAUAUCCUACCAUCAUGAUUGGAAAGAAUCCUUUUCAGCUAUCAUUGGUGGUGAUGAAGUGCAAAAUGGAAAACCAUCUCCUGAAAUAUUCCUUGAAGCUGCUAAAAGGAUGAAGACUGAUCCUUCGAACUGCCUAGUAAUUGAGGAUUCAGUUGAAGGGUUAUUUGUUCUAACCAUAUCAGGCCAGGUGUUACGGGUUGCGGUGCCAUCUCUUCCAAAGCAGGCUGGACUCUACAGUUCAGCAGAUGAUGUUAUAAAUUCCUUGCUUGAUUUGCACCCUGAAAAUUGGGGUUUGCCUCCAUUUGAAGAUUGGGUUGAAGGUACAUUACCGAUUGAGCCCUGGUAUAUUGGGGGACCUGUGAUCAAGGGAUUUGGUCGCGGCUCAAAAGUACUUGGGAUACCAACAGCUAAUUUAUCUGCGGAAAACUUUUCUGAUGUGCUCUCUGAGCACACAUCUGGAGUCUACUUUGGUUGGGCUGGCCUCUCAACACGUGGGAUAUACAAGAUGGUCAUGAGCAUAGGAUGGAAUCCUUAUUUUGAUAAUACUGAGAAGACAAUUGAACCAUGGCUUCUUCAUGAAUUUGAAGAUGACUUUUAUGGAGAGGAAUUGCGUCUUGUAAUUGUUGGCUAUAUAAGACCAGAGGCAAACUUUCCUUCCCUUGAUAGCUUGAUAGAAAGAAUUCAUAAGGAUGGCAAGAUAGCAGAGAAAGCUCUAGAUCUUCCAAUGUAUGCAGGUUACAAAGAUUCUCAGUACUUGAAGAGCUCUCUGCCACAGAGCAACUUCCACAAGUAAAUCUAUAUUGGAUAAUUUAUUAUGGUAGAUGUUAUUUUUUGACAUUAGGAAAAGUUAUCUGUUACCUUUCCUUUACAAAUUAUCAAAGAGUGAUAUCAAAUAAGUCAAGAUUCUUGAUCUUUGCAACAGACUUGCUCAACUUCGUUGCACUUCUUUUUUCAUCUAUACUCAAGCCAACUAUAAAUGUAAGGAUACACAUGUAAUUUGGAUAAUGAAUGUGAUAUAUUUUGACAAGCAUCUGGAAUUACAAAUGUUGUUCUAUUGCUAUAUA